AUGAACCAGACUAAAUCAGGGAAGGUGAACGGGGUGCCGCGCCUGCAGCUCUUCAACUGCGUGCACGCGGACUGCGGAGCCACGUUCACGCGCAAGUGGCGUCUGGAAGAGCACGAGACCGUGCACACCGGGGCGAGGCCCCACAAGUGUCCUGAGGAGGGGUGCAGGAGUCGCUUCAGGAGGAGAUCAGAUCUCAGCAGGCAUGCUCUCAAACACAAAGGGAAACUCAUCAGAUGCACCGUAGGAAACUGCAGCAAGACUUUCUACAACCCCGAUAACCUGAAGCGACACGUCCGAUACGCUCACGGAGACAAAGACAAGUACUUCAGGUGUAAUCAACCCAACUGUCAGGCCACGUUUAGGAAGCGCCGCAUGUUGAAGAUUCACCUGGCCGAGCACGGCGUCAUCUCCGCCUUCAGGUGUACGAGGGUCGGCUGUGGGAUGACGUUUGCCACUCACAUCGCCCGGAGAGCUCACGAGAGGAAACACAAAGGUUACCGCUGUCCUUACCCCGAGUGUCUGACCGUGGAGCGCACGUGGGGAAGAUUACUGAAGCACAAAGCCAAACACCCAGCUUCGUAUUCCUGCGUGACCUGUAAGAAGACGUUCACGAAGCGCGACGCUGUCCGGCGACACAAGCGUACCCACGCCCUGCAGAAACCCGUCCUGCUGUGCCCGAGCGAAGGGUGCCAGGCUUACUUCUCCACCACCUUCAACCUGCAGCACCACAUCCGCAAGGUCCACCUGAAGCUGCUGCCGCACCAGUGCUCCUUCACCGGCUGCACCAAAACCUUCGCCAUGAGGGACAGUCUGGUUCGUCACAUGCUUCGUCACGAUCCUGAUGCUGCUAAACCGAAGCGUCAGAAGCGCAGCAGUAAGAGUUGGCAGAAGCGUCUGGAGGGGCGGAACCGCCGCACCCUGGUGGAGGAAGACCUGCGCCGACUCUUCGCCCUGCGCCUGCGCUUCUCCCGCCGCACCAAGCUGGAGGCCAACCUGUCGGGACUGUUCAACGAGCGCAAGAUCCCUCACUACGUCGACCCCGAGGUCAACCUGCGUGACCUCUUCAACAUCAAACCACCUCAGAAGGUCAAAGGUUAAUAUAAUACCUGGUAAAGCCGCAGAUCAGCGACUAUAAAUCAUUUAAAAAGGAGAGAAUUUAGUUCAUGUGAAACUGCAGGACGGAGGUUUAUUUUAUUAUU